AUGGAGCCCAAGCUGCUGGCCAAGGACGAUGACGCUUGGGGCGUGUUCGACGACGAUGAGGAUGGCGACAUGCCGCCACUUGCGACGGAGGAGCCUGCGCCGACCCUACAGCAAUCGUCGACGCCAAUGGCUCAGGCCUGGGAGAUUUUCGACGGGAGCGAUGAAGAUGACGAUGACGAGGCGGGUCCGCCACCUCCGCUCAUGAGCGGCAACCAAGACAGCACGCAGGGACGAGCAGCCAAACCUCCAAUCUCGAGUAUGACCUCUGCGCCCACAAAAUUGGCCCGAGAUGAAGUCGAUUUGCGAACGAUUCUGCGAGGAUUCGUGGAAGAGCACAUCCAUCAGACCUGCAGUGACUUCCAGGAUGUCAAUCAACCCGCUCUUGCCGGUCCCUCUUCGAUCCUGGCCUUCAUCUCACACAAGAAAUCACACAAUGGCGAUGAUGGCGACGACACGAUGCUGACGAGGGCGAGGCGGCGACUGGUCCUGGCGACCAUUCUUGUGGUCUCGUGCUCGGCGGCGGCGGCUAUCACUUUCUUCUUCGCCCCCUUGUGGGGCCUCAUGCUACUGGGCGUGCCCAUCUUCAUGGGCGUCUACCUCUGCAUUACGGCGUUCACCGGGGAUCCCGAGAUGGGCGGCUGGCCGAGUCUGAGGAGGAAGAAGAACGAGCUCGGCGAGAAGGACGCCCCACUCGACCAGAACCAGCCACAGCCACCCACCGAAGCUCCUCUCCCUGUCUAG